CCUUCCGCCUGACGUCAGGGCGGCGGGGGAACAUGGCGGCGGGCCCGCGCGGCGAGGAGCAGCCCCGGCCGAGUGCGGCGGAGCCCUGGCCUCGCGGGCGGCGCUGAGCGCGGCCCCGCUCCCGCUCCGCCAUGAGCUGCUCGGCGGACGCCGUGAAGGAGAAGCUGCUGUGGAACGUGAAGAAGGAGGUGAAGCAGAUCAUGGAAGAAGCUGUCACCCGCAAAUUUGUACAUGAAGACAGCAGUCACAUCAUCGCCUUAUGUGGUGUGGUGGAAGCGUGUCUCCUGCACAUGCUGAAGCGCAGGGCUGCCGGCUUCCUGCUCACUGACAAGGUGGCUGCUCUCUUCACCAAGGUUGGCAAGACGUAUGCGAUAGCUGGGGACAUAUGCAAGAAAGUGCAGGACCUGCAGCAGCAGGUGGAGAGCAGGAAAAAUCAACCAAAUGGGCAGGAACCUCUCAAGAGGCAGGGCUCAACCACAAGCAAAACUCCUGUCCUGACACCUCAGGCCAUCAAACACAUAUGGGUUCGGACAGCACUGAUUGAGAAAGUGCUCGACAAGAUUGUGCAGUAUAUUGUUGAUAACUGCAGUAAAUACUACGAAAAAGAAGCUUUACUGGCAGAUCCUGUCUGUGGCCCGAUACUGGCUUCUCUCCUAGUUGGACCAUGUGCUCUGGAGUACACCAAGCUGAAGACAGCAGAUCACUAUUGGACAGACCCUUCAGCAGAUGAGCUUGUUCAGCGACACCGGAUCCAUGGAGUACACGGCCGCCAAGACUCUCCUUCGAAGCGCCCAGCCCUGGGAAUCCGGAAACGACACUCAAGUGGGAGCACAUCGGAAGAUCGCUUCGCUGCUUCGGCACGAGAGUAUGUGGAGUCCUUGCACCAGAAUUCCCGAACACACCUUUUGUAUGGGAAAAACAAUGUCUUAGUCCAGCCGAAAGAUGACUUGGAGGCAAUUCCUGGGUAUCUGUCCCUUCAUCAGUCAGCAGAUAGUCUGACAUUAAAAUGGACUCCAAAUCAGCUGAUGAAUGGAACCCUUGGAGAUUCAGAGCUGGAGAAAAGUGUUUACUGGGACUACGCGUUAAUAGUGCCACUCAGCCAGAUCGUCUGCAUUCACUGCCAUCAGCAACCAGAAAGCAGAUGGACAUUAGUCUUGGUGAGUCAGGAUGGAACCCAGAGACCUCCGCUGCACUUCCCCCAAGGAGGUCACCUCCUCGCAUUCCUUUCCUGUCUGGAGAAUGGUCUUCUGCCUCGUGGCCAGCUGGAACCACCACUGUGGUCCCAACAGGGCAAGGGUAAAGUAUUUCCAAAGCUUCGAAAACGGAACAGCAACAAGUCAGUGGACCUGGAGGAGACUGCAGCUGAAGACACUUGUACAGACUAUGUGUUCAGAAUUAUCUAUCCAGGACACAAGCAUGAUAACAUAACUAUUAACUACCACCACUUAGCUGCCAGCCGUUCUACCUCUGUUGACGAUGAUGAGGAGGAGGAAGAUAAGCUACACGCAAUGCUAUCAAUGAUCUGCUCUCGGAACCUCACAGCUCCUAAUAGGAUGAAAGACGCCAGUGAAAUGCUGGAGAUGCAAGGCUUCGGGGCAAACCUGCUCUCCUGGCAGCUGGAGCACUGCAGCCAGGGCUCCUCCUGUGUCUCAUGCUCAACGGGCAGCUCUCCCUAUGACAUACCCAGCUGCUGCAGCUGCAUCCAUGACAGAACUCCAUUAAAGAUGUUGUGUGACAGCAUGAAGAGGCAAAUAGUUUCCAGAGCCUUUUAUGGAUGGCUCGCCUACUGCCGCCACUUGUCAACGGUGCGCACGCAUCUCUCUGCCCUCGUGAACCACACUAUUGUCCCACCUGACAAACCCUCCAGUGCUGCCGGAGGCCUGACGAAAGAGGUCUGGAGCAAGUAUCAGAAGGACAAGAAGAAUUACAAGGAACUGGAAUUACUGAGAAGAGUUUACUACGGCGGGGUACAGCACGAGAUUCGGAAGGAAGUGUGGCCAUUCUUGUUGGGUCACUAUAAAUUUGGCAUGGCCAAAAAGGAAAUGGAGCAGAUGGAUGAAGACAUUGCUCUGCGGUAUCAGAAGGUCAUGGCUGAGUGGAAAGCCUGUGAGGUCAUUGUGAAGCAGCGAGAGAAGGAAUCCCACUCUGCCACGCUGGCAAAGUUUUCCUCAGGCAGCAGCAUUGACAGCCACGUCCAGCGGCUCAUUCACAGGGACUCCACCAUCAGCAACGAUGUCUUUAUCUCUGUGGAUGAAACAGACUCGGUGGAGCGGGACUCCAAGGGGCCGGAGGACCCCCCCUUCACCGCGGUGGCUGCGGACGCGCCGGCAGCAGCGGCUGCUGCAGAGCCCCAGGCUGUGGAGUUCGACUCCCCCGACUCGGGGCUGCCGUCCUCCAGGAACUACUCGGUGGCCUCGGGCAUCCUGUCCAGCAUCGACGACGGGCAGAGCGUCUCCUUCGAAGAUGGGGCUGAAGAAGAAGUGAGCGCUGACUUGGGAAGGACUGAUCCAGACACACCACGUCUGCAGAAGGCCAAGUCAGUUGCUCUGCAGCCUCAGGGUUCUGUAUCAGAAGAGCAGCUGUGUUCCCAGGUGGACUAUUUAAUGGAUGUUGCUUCUGUCUGCGCUGCAUCCUACACAAUAGAGUUAUUGGACACUGUUGCCUUAAAUUUGCACAGAAUUGAUAAAGAUGUCCAGAGGUGUGAUCGGAAUUACUGGUAUUUUACUGCUGAUAACCUGGAGAAACUCCGAAAUGUCAUGUGCAGUUACGUUUGGGAGCACCUGGAAGUUGGUUAUGUUCAAGGCAUGUGUGACCUCCUGGCUCCUUUGAUGGUUAUACUUGAUAAUGAUCAGCUGGCUUACAGCUGCUUCAGCCACCUGAUGAAGAGGAUGAGCCAGAACUUCCCCAAUGGAGGUGCUAUGGACACACACUUCGCCAACAUGCGGUCCCUGAUCCAGAUUCUAGACUCGGAGCUUUUUGAACUGAUGCACCAGAAUGGAGAUUACACUCACUUUUACUUCUGCUAUCGCUGGUUCCUGCUUGACUUUAAAAGAGAAUUGUUGUACGAGGAUGUAUUUACAGUGUGGGAAGUUAUUUGGGCAGCAAAGCACAUCUCUUCAGAACAUUUUGUCCUUUUCAUUGCCUUAGCACUUGUGGAAGUUUAUCGAGAGAUUAUCCGUGAUAACAACAUGGACUUCACUGAUAUCAUCAAGUUUUUUAAUGAAAUGGCAGAGCACCAUAAUGCUGAGGAAAUUCUGAGGAUAGCCAGAGACCUGGUCUACAAAGUGCAGACACUGAUUGAAAAUAAGUGACAGGGACCAGGGUGUCACCGUGGGCCUCGCUGGGAGCUGUGGGAUGGAGCACUUCUUGCACUGUAACUGCAAAACGGGGGUUUAACUGCAUCUUCCAUGUAAUGUAAUAAAUAGCAAAGAGAUUUGUAACGGACUUUUAAAACCAGAACUCUUCCUGCACCAGACAAGGUUCUUGUUUGAUAGUCCCAGUUACACUCACUUUGUAUUUCUAGACAAAAUCUUUUUGCAUUCUCUUGCUCCCCUCUGUAAGACCGUCUGUCCGCAUAUCUGAGAUACUAAAAAGGGGGGAUUUGACAUACUAGAACAUUUGUAUUUUGACUUACUGCACCUUUAAAGCCUGGAUGCACGUUGGGUGCUGUGCCAGAACCUUCCGUGGGGGUACGGCCGGAUCCAGUAUCACUCAAGUGUUGCAAGCGUUGACUUGGGUCCUUGGAGGAGCACGUUGGUGGACUCAUUGUCUAUGUCUUGAACAGGGAAGAGAAUGUGUAUGAGCUCCUGUUGCUAAAACAUCUGGCUUUGUAUUUAGCAGAGUACUUAGCAGCAAUUAAAGUAAGUAAGGUUACCAGCUGGGAGAAUGGCCUUAAACUAAACAACAUGGUUAAUACAAGCAGGGAAGAUCUGGCACCAUAAGCUAAAAUCAUCGCUUAGCCUCUGCUGACUAGUUCAUGCUGUUGAGUCUUCAUGGCCUACACUUGCCUUCAUUUUACUUUGCAAACUUACUCUGUGACUAUCCCCAGAGGCCGGGACCUGCCCAGCUCAGCACAGCACACAGGAAUGGCUGUGUCCCUGCUCGUGGCAGCAGCUCCCACACUCUUGGUGUCUGUGUGGAGCACCACGAAGCUCAGACCCUACCUUAGCGCAGACACAGCAGAGCCUGGCCCCCUCCUCCCGCCCUGCAGAGCUUUCCUGGAGGACUUGCCUUGGGAUCUGCCACCACCAACCAGGCGCUCUCUACUCCAGCUGAUGAAGCAGUUGGAAGCGUUGCACAAGACCUGGCCCUGCUGCUGCAGCACGUGCUGGUCUGUAGAGCAUCCACACGCCCCAUGGAAGGUCUGUGCUGCUCCCUCCCCUGCCUGCAGCAGCAGCUGUGUCCUGCAGAGAGCAGAGGUGACUGACAGGUACCUGCAGGCCUGGUGCUGUCCCAGCACUCCAUCACCCUGUAUAAAUCAUCACAUACCUGCUAUCUGCUGUCCCAGGGCAUGGGGAGUUUCCAAGUCAAAGUCUAGGUGUGGAUUUCAGGGGGACUCGUGCCCUGUGCUCCUAGAAAACCAGGGGACUUGGGUUAAGCACUUCAACUAUUCCAAAGUAUCCACGCCCUGCCAUCAGAACCUCAGUGAUUGAGGGAAAAAAAACCAACCAACUCUGAACCUGAAUUUUUGUGUUUCUGCUUUUCUGGGUUUUUUAAUGUAUUUUCUUUUCUCCUGGUGAGCAGACAGGGACACAGGUGCCUGUCACUGACCCCUGCAGAGAGGGCAGCGUGUGCUUGUCCUACUCACACAAUGGUUUGGGUUGAAGGCACCUUGAAAGGGCCAUCACAUCCAACCCCUGCCAAACCCCCUUCAUCUGGGCUCUAAAAACCCGAGGGGGAAAAAACCAAACACCAAACCUGAUGCUCCCUGUGGCUGGAGCAGCCCCAGUGCCUCCGGGCCAAGCCUGGUGUUCCCCAGGCUCAGGGAACAGGAGUGGGAAUGAUGAGCCCCGUGGUGCUGCGCAGGCAGCUUUGGGCAGGGACCCCCCUUCCCACAGUGCUGGAAUCACAACAGUGGGAGCUGCGGGAGGGAAGAGUCAUGAUAAAUUCCAGAUAAGCUCCAGUGCCCGUGUUGGGAGCGAGGGAUGCUCCGGCCGGGAUCAUCCUGGAUCUGACCGCAGCAUCACUGACAGUGCAGCCUGUGCUGUGGGCCGGAGCCUGGCUGCUGCGAGGGCUCCAACGCACUUCGUGUUGUGUCUGUCUGGAAACUGAAACGGGGUUUUGUUAAACUGACCCAACUGCCAGAGCCCGAGGAGGGGACGUGACAGAGACCCCUGCCCUGCUCCCCUUCGGUACGGUGGGAGCGUGCGCCACAGCUCUGGUUAACACAACAAACAGAUCUCUGUGAACUUCACUGUAUUUGUUACAACUUUCCGUCCAACUGUACUUUAUCAAUGUUGUGUAUUAUUUAUUUUUGUUGGGAGCAGACUCUGCUCUUUACUGCUCCGUUAUUUAUGUUUAAAUGUAACAUAUGAAUAAAUCCUUUACUGUCACGGCA